AUGCACCGUGGGAAAUGUAGUCUCUCCAAGGCACAGAACCAUUGGCUGGGCUCUUCCUGCUCCUUCUGUGCAUGCGCCUUCCCGCCCAUUGUCGGCGUUUUCCGCUCGGGAAUUCCGGUUCCUGACGCUGUACCGCGCUACUUGGAAGUUACUGAAGUAAAGUUCCGCGUUCUGAGUUUUGGACCCAGGGUAGCUCGAGCCCCCGCCGUGCCUUGGCGAACCUUGGGGCCUGAAAUCUAUGCUUUCACAAUGACGGUGCAUUGCCAACAGCAACAAAAAAUGAAUGGAUCUCUGGAGUUGAUAUCAUUUGAGGAUGUGUGUGUGGACUUCACCUGGGAGGAGUGGAAGGACCUGGAUGAUGCUCAGAGGACCCUGUAUAGAGAUGUAAUGCUGGAGACCUAUAGCAACGUGGUGUCCUUGGGGCACUGUGUUUCUAAGCCAGAAGUGAUUGUUAAGCUGGAGAAAAGGGCAGAGCCAUGGGUAGGAGAAGCCCAAGACAAGAAGAAUAAAGAUUUUACCAGAGCUAGCUUAAGGGAAUUGCAAGAACACAUCAAAAGCAAAUAUUCUAAGCAUUAA